AUGGCAGAAGGCAGGAUAUGCAAGAUUUGCAUGGAAGCCAAACCAGGAAAUGAGAUGAGAAACACUACUAAAAAAUGUUCACACAGUUACUGCACCAAAUGCAUCGCCAGACACAUCGCAACAAAGGUACAAGAGAACAUCACCUUGAUAACCUGCCCGGAGUUUAACUGUAAGGAGAGAUUAGAGGCACAUUCAUGCAGAGAUAUCAUAUCAGGUGCGGUGUUAGAUCGCUGGGAGAUCGCAUCGUUAUGUCUUGUUUCAGAGAGCGUUUUACAUAGACGAGGGGACGAAGACAAGCUGCUCAUUCAACUGGCUGAGAAGAAAAAGUGGAGAAAGUGUCCAUAUUGCAAAUACUAUGUGGAAAGGACGAUGGGCUGUGUGGAACUGAAUUUUGCUAUGGCUGUGGAGAAACCUGGAGCGAUACUCAUGAAGCAGUCUGCCAGAGAGUAA